GCCUUGAGUUUGCACACAAGUGCAGAGUCUUUUUGUACAUCAGACAAGAAAAUUCCUCUGGCUGAACUCGGGUGUGUGUGCAGGAGUGGUGGGGACCUGCCAGGCUCCCGCAGUGUGAAAGGCAGGAGAGGUGUGUCUCAGUUCCUGUCUGGUUGAAUUCCAGGUGUGGUGGUAGUGGAGAGCUCUGUUUCCCAGAAAAACCUCUCUUUUCUGAAGAGGCAGGAGCACUUCACAGGCUGGUGGCUGUUUGCUCAUCUCUCAGCUAUGUUUGGGCUUACGAGUCUCUUUUUUUCCCCCUCCUCUUUCGUAAAACCUAACCGUGCCUUUCUUUCCCAGCCCAGGACAUGGUGCAGGGUGAAGAGCACAGAUAAAGACCCUCCCAGCACUCACUCCAGAGCCUGUCCCGCCCAUCCCGAGGGCUCCAUGCGGCAGGACACGGGCUGAUGCCCUCAGCUCACCCCGCCAUGGAGGGGGGGAACAGCUUCCCGCAGCACCAGCAGCCGGGCGAUGCCCUGUGCAGCAUCCCCGGCCUCCGCCCCCAGCUCGCCCUGCCGGACAUGGAGAAUUCCAUGCUGGCCGCCAAUCCAUGGAGUAGCUGCUACUCUGCCUCUUUCCCAACCUCGUCCUUCCCAAGUGAAAACCAGCAAUAUUUUAACCUCCCUCAGGAUUUUUAUAUGGAUUCCAUCAGCAGACCACAUUUCUUGGAUACAAACUAUGCAACUGUGGACCCCGCUGACUUCUUACCAAAAAAUGGGGAUUUUCCUCAGGACUCUUCAUACCUCGAUGAGCUCUCCAACAACUCCCUCUUCUCGUCCCCUGCGGAUUCCCUGUCGGACAUCGCGGAUCCCAAGGACUUCCUGUCCGCCGACAGCCUCAACCACGUGCCAACACUAUGGGAUGUGAACACACCACAGAACCCCAUCGAGCUGUUCUCAUCCAGCACACCAUUCCCUGGCCUGAAUAGCUCCCAUGACCACGUUCCUGCUGUCCCCAACACCCCACUCCUCAUCAGCUACCAGUCUCAGGCUCCUGCAGAGGAGGAGGAUGAGGGUGAGGAGGAAGAAACGGAAGAGUUGGGGCAAACAGAGACCUAUGCAGAAUACAUCCCUUCAAAGUCCAAGAUUGGGAAGCACCACCCUGACCUGGUGGUUGAGACGAGUACCCUGUCCAGCGUUCCCCCCCCUGACAUCACCUACAGCCUGUCCCUGCCAUGCUCCGUGGCUGACAAGGGCUCCCUCUCUGCACUACAGCUGGAAGCAAUCAUCUAUGCCUGCCAGCAACAUGAAGUUUUAUUGCCCAAUGGGCAGCGAGCUGGGUUCCUCAUCGGGGACGGUGCCGGAGUGGGAAAGGGCAGGACCGUUGCGGGCAUCAUCUUUGAAAAUUAUCUUAAAGGGAGGAAAAAAGCUCUGUGGUUCAGCGUCUCCAAUGAUCUCAAGUACGAUGCUGAGAGAGACCUGAAGGACAUCGAGGCCUCCCACAUUCCUGUGCAUGCUCUGAACAAGAUUAAAUACGGUGACACAGCUACCUCAGAAGGAGUCCUCUUUGCCACCUACUCGGCGCUGAUUGGCGAGAGCCAGGCCGGGGGACAGCACAGGACGCGCCUAAAACAGAUUUUGGACUGGUGCAGGGAAAACUUUGAUGGAGUUAUCGUGUUUGAUGAAUGCCACAAAGCCAAAAAUGCCAGCUCUACCAAAAUGGGCAAAGCAGUGCUGGACCUGCAGAACAAGCUGCCUCAAGCAAGGGUUGUCUAUGCCAGUGCCACAGGUGCCUCGGAGCCAAAAAACAUGAUUUACAUGAGCCGCCUGGGGAUCUGGGGGGAGGGAACCCCAUUCCGAGCCUUCGAUGAGUUCCUGCACGCCAUUGAGAAGAGGGGAGUCGGGGCGAUGGAGAUCGUGGCGAUGGACAUGAAGGUCAGUGGGAUGUACAUUGCCCGGCAGCUCAGCUUCACUGGGGUGACCUUCAGGAUCGAGGAGAUCCCGCUGGACGAGCAGUACAAGGCUGUCUAUGACAAGGCAGCCAAGCUGUGGGCAGAGGCCUUGAUGGUGUUCCAGCAGGCAGCCGACUGCAUCGGGCUGGAGUCUCGGAAGUCGCUGUGGGGUCAGUUCUGGUCGGCUCACCAGCGCUUCUUCAAGUACCUGUGCAUCGCUGCCAAGGUGCGGCGGCUCGUGGAGCUGGCCCGGGAGGAGCUGGCCAGGGACAAGUGCAUCGUCAUCGGCCUGCAGUCCACCGGGGAGGCUCGCACCAGGGAGGUCCUGGAUGAGAAUGAUGGGCAUCUCAACCGUUUUGUCUCUGCUGCAGAAGGCGUCUUUCUAUCACUAAUUCAGAAGCACUUUCCUUCAACCAAAAGAAAGAGAGAAAAAGGAACUGGCAUUAAAAGAAAACGGCGGCCGCGGGGCCGGUGGCCCAAGGCUCUGCGGGGUAGUUUUCACAUGCUGCCUUCCCAGAAAGAGCUGCACGGCCUGAGAGAGCUGGAGAUCGUGGAAAAGAUGAAGCAGGACCUCCUGGCAAAAGUGCAAGCACUGGGCAAAGAGCUACCUCUCAACACCUUGGAUGAACUGAUAGAUUACUUUGGGGGCCCGGAGAACGUGGCUGAGAUGACGGGCCGGAAGGGCCGUGUUGUCCGCAGGCCCGACGGCUCCGUGGUGUUCGAGUCGCGCGCGGAGCAGGGGCUCUCCAUAGACCACGUCAACCUGAAGGAGAAGGAGCGCUUCAUGAACGGGGACAAGCUCGUAGCGAUAAUCUCGGAGGCCUCCAGCUCAGGGAUCUCCCUCCAAGCAGACAGACGGGUGAAGAACCAGAAGCGCCGGGUCCACAUGACCCUGGAGCUGCCCUGGAGCGCGGACCGGGCCAUCCAGCAGUUUGGCCGAACGCACCGAUCGAACCAGGUCUCUGCUCCAGAGUACGUGUUCCUGAUCUCAGAGCUGGCAGGGGAGAGGAGGUUUGCAUCCAUCGUGGCCAAACGCCUGGAGAGCCUGGGUGCCUUAACUCAUGGGGACCGACGGGCCACCGAGUCCCGGGACCUCAGCAAGUACAACUUCGAGAACAAGUAUGGGGCCAAAGCCCUGGACAGGGUGCUGUCCACGAUCCUCAGCCACAUGGAGAACAGAGUUCCUGUGCCCAAGAGCUACGAGAGACGGGAGGCCGACUUUUUCCGUGAGAUGAAGCAAGGGCUCAUCUCCGUGGGGAUCUGCUGCAGUCAGAUGAAGUACGGCACUGUCUCGGUGGAGAAGGACUGUUCCAUCACCAAAUUCCUGAACCGCAUCCUGGGCCUGGAGGUGGACAAGCAGAACAUGCUCUUCCAGUAUUUUUCUGACACCUUUGACUAUCUGAUUGAGAAGGACAAGAAGGAGGGCAAAUACGACAUGGGCAUCCUUGAUUUAGCACCAGGAGUGGAUGAGAUCUAUGAGGAGAGCAAGGAGGUCUUCCUGACCCCGGGGCACCCGCAGGACGGGCAGGUCGUGUUCUACAAGAUCAGCGUCGACAGAGGCUUAAAGUGGGAAGAAGCUUAUGAGAAGUCGCUCAAACUGACAGGAGCCAACGAAGGGUUCUACCUCUCCUACAAGAUGCGAGGCAGCAAAUACACCUGUCUGCUGGCAGAGCAGAGCCGUGGGAAGAACUUCAUCCUCUACAAGCCAAAUAUCGGGAAGCAAAGCCAGCCCGAGAGCCUGGACAGUCUGCAGAAGAAGUACCGGCGGGUGAUGCCCGAGGAAGCCAAGGAGCACUGGGAGAGCAGCUACCACUUCUCCUUGAAGAACUGUAACCACGCCGUGUGGAACAAGAGCUGCAAGCUGAUCCAGGAGGGGAAGGAGUGCUUCCAGGGCAUGCGCCUGCGGCACUACUACAUGCUGUGCGGGGCCCUGCUGCGCGUGUGGAGCAGGAUCGCCGGCAUCAUGGCCGACAUCACCGCCAGCAGCUACCUGCAGAUCGUCCGCCUCAAAACCAAGGAGAAGAAGAAGCAAGUUGGGAUAAAGAUCCCCGAGAGCUGCGUGCACAGGGUGCGGGAGGAGCUGAAGCAGAUGGACCAGGACGUGAAGCGGAAGCACAGCCGGCUGCUCCAGGCCCAGGAGCAGGGCCCACCCUUCUCCCUGCCCCUGCACCUCCUGCCAGGACCCAGGCUACCCCUGUCCUUGCCCUCCCUGUGCCAGGACGAGAUCCUGGACUUGACCUGCAGCCCUCCCAGCAGCAGCAUUCCCGACGUGGUGAUGAACCCGGAGCCCGGAGCACUGUGCUUCCCCUCGGAGCCCCCCCUGCAGCCCCACCAGCAGCACCAGUUGCCCUUUUGCUUUGGCCUGGAGGGUGGUGUGGCCCCUGGCCCCUCACGGCACGAGCCCCCAGCGCCGCCCCCCCCGCCACCCCUGCAACAGCCACAGGAGGAUUUUCUCCAGCAAGAUGGGAGUAUCAACUUUAGAGAGAUCCUGGAGGACAUGCUGAGGACGUUCCCCCAGGAGAACCUGCUCCCCCAGGAGCGCCAGAGCGUGAUCCAGUUCAGCGGGCCCCACCUGGAUUUCUGAGUGCCAGCCGUGAAUGCCAGCGGAGCUCGGCCGCUGUGGGUCUGCGUCCUCCGGGGCAGAGGUGAGAGCUGAGGAGCCCUGAACGUCCUGCCCGUUUGGACUGACCGUUCUGUGGGUUUGAGGGAGGAAACAGGUUUGGGUGGAACGUGCCUGGGGGGAACCGAGCGGGUCCCGCGGGGCCGAGGGGCUCUGCUGUGUCCAGUCCUGCUCACAGGUCAGUGCCUGGGUGGGACUGAGGGGAGACCCCCCUCCUCUGCCCACCCCCACAGACUACUGAGUGUCCGAGCCAGGCCAGGCCUUGCCCAGCCCUCCAUCCCAGUGCUCUGCGGGGCCACAGCCGGGCUCCAGAGCCACCCAGUGACUGGUGCUGGUCCCUUAGGGAAGGGUGGGAGCCCAGACCCCCAGUUUGGGCUGCCCCAGCCUGUGCUGGAGGGCUGGGAUGAAGGGCAAGGGAAUGCUGUCCCAGCGGAGUUGGGAGCUGCUGAGCUCAGCUGUCCUCAGGUAGGGCUGAGCCGGUGUAUUGAGAGACCCAAAACUGCCUGCACUGCCCUUCCCUUCCUGGGAAGGAACCUUGGGCUGCUGAGCUCCGUGGGGAGGCUGGAGCUGGAUGCACCCCCACGGUGACAGAGCUCGAGUCUGUCAGAGCUCAGCCAGGCCAGGACCAGUGGGAUUCCCCGGAGCAAAAGGGCCACGUGUCCCCUGUCCUGCACUUUAACCUCGCCGUGACCAGCCAUGCUUUGGCCAGUUUCCUGCUGUCACAUGUCCCUUCACCUGGCUGUCCUGCUGGUCCUGCACUGUCCUUGGCUGGGCCAUGGACCCCAGCCCGAGGGUCUGGGACUGAGCAGCCCAGCCCUGGCCACUGCUGACCUUGGGAACAGCCACUCCCAGGCCCUGAAAGGGAAGAGCUCCCUGGUGAGUGCUGAGUGUGCAGCCUGGGAGUCACUGCUCAGGGUGUGCAGUGUGAGUGUCACUGCUCAGGGUGUGCAGUGUCGGGGUCACUGCUCAGGGAUGUGCACUGUGAGAGUCACUGCCCGGGCUGUGCAGUGUCACUGCUCAGGGUGUGCAGGGUCACUGCUCAAGGUGUGCAGUGUCACUGUUUAAGGUGUGCAGUGUCACUGUUCAGGGUGUGCAGGGUCACUGUUCAAGGUGUGCAGUGUCACUGUUCAGGGUGUGCAGGGUCAGUGUCACUGCUCAGGGUGUGCAGGGUCAGUGUCACUGCUCAGGGUGUGCAGGGUCUUUGUCACUGCCUGGGGUGCCCAGUUUGGCUGCUCCUGCUGCAACCUCGCUCUCGGAUAACAAAGAGCAAAGGCUGUUUUGCAAGCACUGCCCCACCCCCUGUCCCACAGCUGGACCAGCUGCCUCCUCCUGGGACAGAAGUUGGCCCUUGGCCACCUCCAGCACCUCUCCAGCAGCACCUCCCCUGAGCUGCUCCUCUGCCAGCCUCCCCUUUGCUGGGUUUCCUUUCUCUGCUGUCGCUCAUCGAGGUGUUUCCUAAGAGUGGCACUGGGAUGCUUCCAGGGGAAGGACCUGGGACCUU